AUGGAAGAACUUACAGCUUUUGUAUCGAAAUCUUUUGACCAGAAAAGCAAAGAGGGCAGCAGCAGCGGCGCCAGCAGCGGCAGCAAGAAGGAGACUAUUACAUACAGGGAAGUUUUGGAGAGUGGUUUGGCUCGAUCUCGGGAGCUGGGAAACUCUGAUUCUAACCUUCAGGACAUUACUGAGAGCAGCAACCAUUGCCCAGUGCAUCUUUUCAAAGACCAUGUAGAGAGUGACAAGGACAAACUGAAGGAGUUCAGCACGGGCAGGGCUGCGGAAGGGAUCUACGAGUGCAAAGAGAAAAGAGAAGACGUGAAAUCUGAAGAUGAGGAUGGACAGACCAAGCUGAAGCAGAGAAGAAGCCGAACCAAUUUCACCUUAGAGCAGCUGAAUGAGUUGGAAAGACUUUUUGAUGAGACUCACUAUCCGGAUGCCUUUAUGAGGGAAGAGCUGAGCCAGAGGUUGGGACUCUCUGAAGCUAGGGUGCAGGUCUGGUUCCAAAAUCGAAGAGCUAAGUGCCGAAAGCAAGAGAAUCAGAUGCACAAAGGCGUUAUUUUGGGAACUGCAAGCCACUUAGACGCCUGCAGGGUAGCCCCUUAUGUUAAUAUGGGAGCCCUGAGGAUGCCUUUCCAACAGGUAGUCCAGGCACAGCUGCAGCUGGAAGGCGUGGCCCACGCUCACCCUCACCUGCAUCCCCACCUGGCUGCCCACGCCCCCUAUCUGAUGUUUCCACCGCCUCCCUUCGGGCUCCCUAUCGCCUCCUUGGCGGAGUCAGCCUCAGCUGCCGCCGUGGUGGCCGCCGCUGCCAAGAGCAACAGCAAAAACUCCAGCAUCGCCGACCUGCGGCUCAAGGCCCGGAAACACGCCGAGGCCCUGGGGCUCUGA